GGCCUGAGACGGCCAACCCUACAGCGACGGCUGAACGCAGGCGCAGACUCAUGUGGCGCCAUCCGGAGUGACGACUGCCGGAACAGUGCCGUACUAGCGCAGGCGCAGUUAACUCCACAGCCGUGAAGCCAGCCAGGGUGCCGGUCGGACGCAGGCGCAGAGGCUCCGGUGUGCCGGCCGCCGGCAGGGCCUCAUACCGCUCGGAUUAUCAGCUCGAAGAAGCCGCCUUGUGUGUGAGUGCCAGGCCGGGAGGAAGAGGCACCUUCACAGGGGAGGGUCAGCUGGACCGGAAACGCUUGAAGUUGGAGCAUAAAAUGCAUUUAAGAGGAAUCUAAGUUAACACAUGGGAGAAAAAGAGGAAGGUGGUGUUGCUAAGUGAUAACAGAGCGGCUGGAGCUGAGCAGAUGAACCGUGAAGGUGCCCAGGAGAAGAGUCCUGAAGAGAUGUAUAUCCAGCAGAAAGUGCGAGUGCUGCUGAUGUUGAGGAAGAUGGGAUCAAAUCUCACUCCAAGUGAAGAAGCAUUUCUCCGAACCUAUGCAGGAGUAGUGAACAGCCAGCUUAGUCAACUUCCACAGCAUCCGAUUGAUCAAGAUGCUGCCAGACCAACUGCUGAGUUUCUCCAGCAUUUUGUUUGUUUCAGGUUUCCUGCAUCUGGGCGGUCCUGGGAGCCAGUGGUGCGAGUCUGCUGCUCCACAAGAUUAGUGAGUCAGUACCCCCUCUCCAAGGAUGCAAACUCAGUCCCCUACUGUACUCCCUCUGUGUUGCCAAAUUCGGAACAAAUGCCAUCUACAAGUUUGCUUACAGCACCACCUAACAACGAUGAGUCAAAAUACAGAAGGGAGAUGGAGGGCUUGAUGAUGUGGUGCAAUAAUAACCUCUCUGUCAACGUCAAUCUACAUCAACAGAGAUAAGGUUGAGAGGGUGGAGAGUGUCAUGGUCCUCCGAGUGAUGAUAACCAGAAACCACUCCUGGACUUCCCAAGUAGAUGUGACAGUCAAGAAGACACGACAAUGACUCUUCCUCAGGCGACUCAGGAACUUUGGGAUGUCCAGAAGGACCCUCAGCAACUUCUACAGAUGCACCAAUGAGAGCAUACUAUCUGGGUCCGUAAUGGACUGGUAUGGCAACAGCUCUGCCCAGGACCAUAAGAAACUACAGAAGGUGGUGUGCACAGCCCAGACCAUCACGGAAACCAACCUUCCAUCCAUGGUCUCCAAUUACAGAGCUCACUGCCAUGGAAAGGCUGCUAACAUUAUCAAAGGUCCAUCGCACCCUGGUAAUCACCGAUAACCUCUUCUGUCAGGCAGAAGGUACAGAAGCCUGAACACGUGCACCUGCAGAUUCAGGAACAGUUUCUUCCUUGCUGUUAUUAGACUGAUGAAUGAGCUGUCUAGCCUCAAAUAAUGCUGAUUUUUCUAACAUUGACCGUACCUAGCACAUGCCCUGUGUAAC